ACGAAUGAAAGGAGGAAGAUGACAAGGAAGAGGAGGAAGCGAUGGACGAGGAGGACAAGGAGAAAGGAGGGCAGGAAGACGACGAGGAAAACGAAGACGAGGAGGGGGAAGACAAGGCGAUGGAUAAAGAGGAAGACGAGGACGAGGAGGAGAUGGGGGAAGAUGAAGACGAGGAGGAAGACGAGGACGAAGAGGAGGAAAAGGAGGCGAUACAGAAAGACGAAUACUACGAGGGGGAAGAGGAGGUGAUGGAAAAAGAGGACGUCGAGGAGGAGGAGGAGGAGGAGGAGGAGGAAGAGGAGGAGGAGGAAGAGGAGGAGGAAUACAAGGAUGAUAGGAAGAGGACGAAGAGGACGAAGAGGAGGAAGAGGAGGAAGAGGAGGAAGAAUGAGCAGGUAGUGGACGAGGAGGAAGACGAGGAGCUACAAGAGGAGGAGGCUAUGUUGGAGAAGGACGACGAGGAGGAGGAUAAAGACAAAGAGGAAGAGGAGGACGUAGAGGAGGAGGAGGAAGCUAUGGAGGAGGAGCAGGAGGAAGACGAGGAUGAAGAUGACAACGAAGACGAGGACGAAGAGGAGGGGGAAAGAAGAGGAAGACGAGGACGAAGACGAGAAGAAAGACGCCAUGGAGGAAGGCUAGGAGGAGAUGAAGGAGGCUAUGAAGGAAUAGCAGAAGGAGGAGGACGAGGAGGAGGACGAAGAGGAGGAAGAAGAGGAGAAGGAGGAAGACUAGGAGGAGAUGAAGGAGGCUAUGGAGGAAUAGCAGAAGGAGGAGGAUGGGGAGGACAACGAAGAGGAGGAAGAAGAGGAGGAGGAGGAAGACGAGGAGGAAGACGUGGAGGACAGCGUGGAGGUAGAGGAGGUGGAGGAGGAGGCUAUGGAGGAGGAGAAGGACGAGGACGAGGAGGAGGAAGAGGAGGAGGAGGAGGAGGCGAUGGAGGAGGCGAUGGAGGAGGAGUUGGACGAUGACGAAGAGGAGGGAGACGAGGAAGGGGAGGAAGAGGAGGAGGAAGAGGAGGAGGCAUGAAGGAGGUGAUGGUGCGCACGUA